UUUGAUCUUGUAGUAAACUGUUCUUGUAAACUUUAUUGAAAUUUUUCAGCGAAAUAGCUCUAGAGAGGUAAAGAUGACAAUGUAUAUCCUGUAGAAGGGCUAAUGUAUCUGCUGCAUUUCAAUCAAGAUAAUUUAGAUCAGAACUGCUCCGAAAUCAGGCGUGACCGUUUGGAACUGAAGAGUCUCGUAAUUACCUUGUAGUUACAGAAUGCUGUCAGCACUGUAUACUACAAGUCAGGCUUUCACGUGCACGUGAUGAUCCCGAAGGUUUGGAGAUGAUACGCUAGGGUUGUGUUACUGUUUUGAUCGAAGCGGGAAGGGUUGCACGUCGCGAGCUCAUCAACUCAAGAACCAAAUGAAAGACAAAGUUGUCCACGCGAGCUCACAAAGCGAUGAUAACAGCGAGGCAUUGAAACUAUCUUCUUCAGCAGUCCCUCCGUUUUAUAUCCCUGGUUCCAAAACUUAGAGAACCUAGAAAUUUGUAUGCAUUCAGUAAAGACAAAGGACAACAGUCUUCUCCGAGAUGGCCAUAUCAGAUGAAGAUUUUGCCAACAACGCCCAAACACAUACAGCAAAUUCCAAGAAAUCCAGAAGCUUUCAUUAAGCCAGAGAAGACAGCAGAUGAUGAAAGUCUAACAAAGUUACCUUGUGAAGAGGGUAAAAUUGUAUAUAACAAUGAACCAGGGCCUGAAAAAUAUUUUCUCAGGUCACCUGUAGGUGGCACCCAGAUUUCCAACAAACCUUUUUACAAGAUUAAGUCUCCGGAGGACUCCACUCUGCUAUUUGAAUCUCGGUUUGAAUGUGGAAAUCUCUUGAGGGCAGUGAAAGUUAAUGAUUCUGAGUACCAGCUAUGGCUUAGAAAUGAUUUGUACACCAACAAACACACACAGUGGUAUUACUUCAGAGUACAGAACACCAGACCAGCUGUUCAAUACAAGUUUACCAUAAUGAAUCUCUUUAAAUCUGGCAGCUUGUAUAAUGAAGGAAUGAGGCCUUUGUUUUACUCCGAACUGGAUGCAGCAACAAAGAAAAUUGGCUGGGUCAGAACUGGAAAGAAUAUAAAGUACUACAAGAAUGCGAUCAAGCGUGAAGAUACAACAAAAGAGAAGUACCAUUACUCGUUUACAUGGACUUGUGAAUUUCCUAAUGAGAGUGACACAUGUUAUUUUGCUCACUGUUAUCCUUACACCUAUUCGGACUUGCAGGAACAUCUUCAAAACUUGAGAAAUGACCCAGUGCGAUCACGGAUAUGUAAACAAAGAAUGUUAUGCCGGACUCUUGCCGGCAACUUUGUUUACACACUCACCGUCACGAAUCCAUCAAGAAGACCAGCUGAUGCUGAGGCCAAACAAGGAGUGGUAGUAACAGCAAGAGUUCACCCCGGAGAGACAAACUCAAGUUGGAUGAUGAAAGGACUGUUAGAUUAUCUAACAAGCAAUGCUGCUGACGCAAAGCUCCUCCGAGACAUGUUAAUUUUCAAGAUUGUUCCCAUGUUAAAUCCUGACGGAGUGGUGGUUGGUAACUAUCGGUGUUCGCUGGCCGGGAGGGACCUGAACAGGAAUUACAAGACAGUGCUGAAAGAUUCGUUCCCUCCCAUCUGGCAUGUCAGGAAUAUGGUUCGCAAAUUAUUAGGGGAACGUGACAUAACACUAUACUGCGAUCUCCACGGACACAGUCGUAAGCAGAAUGUGUUCAUUUAUGGCUGUGAAAAUCGGUUCGACCCUCUGAAGAGGUUGAGAGAAAGAGUGUUUCCUGUGAUGGUUUCUAAAAAUGCUCCAAGCAAGUUUUCAUUUAAAGGUUGCAAGUUCAAAGUGCAGAAAAGCAAGGAAGGAACUGGUCGGAUUGUUAUGUGGCAUAUGGGGAUUUUGAACAGUUUUACCAUGGAGGCUACUUUCUGUGGUUCGUUAAUAGGUAAACGCGCCGGCUAUCAUUUCAACACAGCGGACUUUGAGUCGAUGGGAUAUCACUUGUGUGAUACUUUACUGGAUUACUGUGAUCCUGAUGAAUCAAAGUAUGUAACUAUCUUACGAGAGCUGGAGUUGAAAAUGAAGGCGGAUAUAUUGGAGAGGAUGAAGCGCAAAGGCACUGCGGCCCCCACCUUAACUGAGUCUGACAUAGAUCUUGACCUCAAUUAUACUUCUGAUAUCGAAUCGAGCACCGGCGGUUCAGACAGUUCUAUGUCCGAUGGUCUGCCUAUGCAUCUUAUCUAUGCUCCUGAAGGACUGAAGAUGUACGCUGACCAAGAGCAACGAAAGAAGAAGCUGAAGACGAGAAAGGAACGGAACAAGCGGCGAGCCAAAGCUAUGAAAGUCAAAGACGUUUUGCUGGCUGAUGUUGCGACACGGUCUGAGGAAAACCAAGACCGACGAACAGAAGUUAAGUUAGUGUACCAGAAGCAUCACCCAAAACGGUCUGCUCUGCCCAGUUCUGCGCGGAUGAAGUUAGACAAUCCACAGCCACGGAAGCAUGAGCACAAAAACAACAGCAGAUCGUGUACACCAGUGUGCUCAGUGAGGUUGGAUGGUUCUGCAAGUAGGCAUGAUUACCUGGAAGCAGUCACUAAUGCUUACAUGAUGAGUGGUGUGCUGGUAACAGAGUCAAAAGGUGACUCAUCUCUCUUAUGAUGUCAUGUUCAGUUUUGUGCGCUGACUAAGCGGUCUCGUAUCGAUCUGUUAGUAAAUCAUUGUGCUGUGUUCUUGAGCUAACCUCAAUUUUUCCUCUGCCUCCUCAGUUCCCGGAAACUUCGCCUUUAAGUGUAACCGGCAAUUCCCACAGUCCAGUUCUCGUGCUCACUAUAAUACCACCCCGGAAAGAAAGAAUUUUGAACCAAGAAUAAAUUGAACCUUAGUACAUAUCGUGAAAAGCCAAGAAUGCUAUUUUCAAAUUUGUCGUGCAUCGUCCAACUCUCAUUUCAUAUUCAUUCAAUUUUUGGUUGUUGAUUGCUUCUUUGAUGUUCCUAUGCCAAAGUUUCCUAACAUUCUAAAAUAUUUUUAAUAUUUUUAUUUGCGCGCCGCGCAGCUACGUGCGAGCGGUUUAUUCGUAAAAUUCGCCCAGGCCAUCCCUUAUACCCCCAUAUUCAUG